UGUGGUCAGGUGGUGGUAGUGCGUCCAGGAGCAGUUUCUUCUCUGCAACACCGCCACCAAUGACGGCCAUGACCUCGAACCAGCCGGCUACUGGCGGAAUCCACGUGGGUUUGAUAUGUGUUGCAAUGGGGCCGAGACUCGGGAGGAAUGGGCCAGCGGAGGCACUUACAAACUUCGCUCCGCAUUGCCAAGCCACUGCAAUGGCACUCGAAUGCAUGGGAUCGUAGGCAACAGGCUGGCAAUAUGUCCCAAUUCUCACUUUCCCAUGUCGACGUCGCUCGCAAAACCCAGUGCCACAUUGGCCGGCCGCAUCGCAAAGUUCCGGCGGCCGAGCAUGGGCAAGUCAAGUGACAUGGCUCAUGUCCACAUGCACGCGGAGCCUAGCCACAGCAGGGCACAUCAUUCAUCCAUCGUCCAUGAGCAUUUCGAGGUCGCCGUUCGGCCUUUUCGGCUUGUCAGCAGACGAGGGAAACUUGCCAGCGAGACGGCGGCGGUUCGGGCGGCCCGUGACAUAUUAUUCGAAACCCAACCACUUCGGCUGCCGCUUGUCCGCCCUUUCUGCUUCACGAAACGCAUGACAGAAGUUCCGUGUAGCCAACGUCUUGCAAUAUCUUUGCCGCUGUGUGCUUGGGUCUUCGUAUAGCUUGUCUGGCCUCGUCCUCGAGGAGGACCCAUUCUGAUCCUCGUCUCUUUCCCGUGUCACAAGAUGUGAUGCGACCCAUAAGACAGCGCUCUUUCAUCCUAUCGCAAGCCGUUGACAAGAGCGGACGAUGCUUUUAAGCAAUACGCCAGGGUGUGCAACUCAGGACGGUCG